UUGACCAAUGGCACGCCUUCUGGGAUAUUCCCUAUUGUUCUUAAUGUUUUUAUGUGCACGCUGUGCGUGCCCCUACGAAGAGCCACCUGGAAAAAAAGACCCGUGAUAUUUGGAAUAGCUAUCUUAACUUGUUGACAGCGGGUAGGAGGGGAUUCCUUGAUUGCCCUGGAAUCGGGCCAUUCUUUUCUAGCCCGGUCGCCGCGGGCCGGAAUUGUAAACUACGACACUUUGAAGCUCAAUAAAUAUCUGCGCCUAUGGUUAGCCGUGACCGUAACUUAUUUUAAACGUGACUGAUUUGCUUGUAGGUUCGAUCAAAUUCAGUGAAGCGAAUUACUGUUUUGAAAGAAGAUUAACUGUUUCGAAUGGCGCGAAAAAUCUACGCUAAUGCCUUUCUCUGGAUGGUGUAAUCGCGAAGAAAAAGGGACUGAUUUGAAAACCAGGUUGCAAAACAGUGUUUUAUUACAUGGCGGUAGUUCGUGACUGUUUUAUGACAAUGCAGUUGCUAUGUUAAGCUUUAUUUAGGUAGUUAAAUUCAGCAACGUAAAUACGUUCCUCAAAGGUGCAAGUUCACAGAUGCCGCUUAUAUGCAAACAGGUGCCUAACUUUCGAUCAUUUGAGGGUUGUACUCCCUACAGAGGCUGUCAAAAAUUCUUCACUCACGCAACUCCACCACACCAAACUAGCUCCUCUCCGUUUGAACGCCUCUGUGAUCAAGUGCCUUGAAACUAACACCACUCCGGGUGAAAUCUGGUAGAUUUCACCCUCUAUGCACGAGAAAUUCUCUUUGUGCUUGGUCACCAGCCGAGAGAUUUGAGAGCGAGUCCAUUAAAAUUACAUCGAAGCUUUCGUUUCCUUUCAAGAUGUCCAUUCAUGUGUGACUGUUCAUUAGCACGCUGAUGAAGCUAGUGCAGUCCAGCUUCAACCUCCUUUCGUGGGAUUAGUUAUACCGAGAACAAAAAAAUACAGGAGCUUUAAAACAUGGAAUGACAAACACAUGUUGUAGAGAGAUUUCGUGAUCGUUGUUGUCGAAUCGGUAGUUUAGGGGCUGGGCCGAGAGGUUUGACAAAACGACAUUAUUUUCAAGAAACUUACCGGAAGCCACGGACAAGGAAGUUAUCGGAUUUGACAUUACGAGUUGCUCGGCUGGUCUACACAUGGCAUUCUUAGAUUCGCAAUUCAACAAGGCAAGUCUGUCUCAAAUUAAGACAACGAUCCGCGAGUUGAGUGGCAGAGUCACUGGCUGGAGUUGUGAGUCAAUGAUGCCCCAUAGAGGACCGGGUGGAGUCAACCAACUUGGAGGUGUAUUUGUCAAUGGCCGACCGUUGCCCGACUACAUGCGACACCGAAUUGUUGAGUUGGCACACUGCGGAGUCCGACCCUCGGAGAUCUCUCGGCAACUGCUCGUGUCUCACGGGUGUGUGAGCAAAAUUCUCGGCAGGUAUUACGAGACAGGUUCGGUCAGGCCUGGAGCUAUAGGAGGCAGCAAACCAAAAGUCGCUACUCCGCGGGUGGUGUCGAAGAUUCUGGCUUACAAGGAGGAAAACCCAUGCAUUUUCGCGUGGGAAAUCAGGAAUAACCUGCUUAGUGACGGAGUCUGCGACAAGAGUAACGUGCCAAGCGUCAGCUCAAUAAACAGGAUUCUGCGCAAUGCGGCGUCUGAGAAAGAACAGCGCGUAGCCCACGAAAAAGCCAAACAACACGUCCACCAUCUUCAACAACAGAUCCCCAACGCGCCUCAGAUGAAUGGUUUCCAAGCUCAGAUUGGUUUCGCUAUUCCACCCAAUGGUCAAACAGCUCUACCCACAACUCUUCAGACUCUCCAGCAGCAACUGCCGACUCCUCAUCCUAUACCACAGCCUCCAACACCGGUCGAGAAACCCACGCAUACUCAGGAGGUUGUGCAGAGCGUAGAAAAGAACGACAGUGAACACCGUGGUACGCCACAAAACGGGAUAGAUCACAAUGGAAAACCUGAAACAGAGGGUAAAGAGAAUGGUCACACAGAAGGCGAGAAUGGAUCGCUGGGAGAAGAACGAAAACGAAAGCACGAUGAAGCACCAGUGAACGGAGAACAGAAAGGUGAAGAAAUCAAGCACGAAAAUCAUGAUGCCACAACAGACGUGAAUGGUAACGAAGGUCCAGACGCCAAGAAGAGAAAACUUGGAUACAUUGAAAACGGCCACAAGAAUGAAAUGCCCGUGUACACGCGAGUGUCCCCCACGUGGAUCAAAUACAAUCCUGUGAUUCCGAGCGGAUUUGCCAUCGCAAGCAGUCUAAAUGGCUUGAAUGCAAUUGCUGGCGACCUGAACGGCUUGAAUGUAAACGUAAACGGCAUGGGUGGUUUGAACGGAGUCAACGGGUUAGGUGGCGUGGGAACAGUGAAUGGGCUGAACGGCAUAGCGCAGGUGAACGCUGUCGGUGGAAUGAAUGGGAUGGGCAAUGGGUUAGGAAAUGGAAUGGGCCUCAUGAAUGGCAACAACACCAUCAAUGGCAUAAACGGAAUAGCAGGUAUCAGCACCAUAAAUGGUAUUAACACACUGAGCAAUAUCAGCUGUCACAACGUCAAUGGAAUGAGCGCCAUUAACGGUAUGCAUUCUAUGAAUGGCUUGAAUGGGCACAGCAAUGGAGGAAUGGCUCACCCGGGUAUGGACCAGGAUCGUACACUUGGACAGAAUGGGAUCAAUGGCCACCCUGAAAAUGUCCACUGGUCUCCACCGUACCCAAUGGUCUGUUUACCAGAUUCAAACAAUUCCAACGGAAUGACUCAAAACAAUGGGAUCAACAAACAAGAUUCGUUUCCACAGCAGAUUGCCUUCCAGAUCACCAACACACCAAGACCGGACCUUCAGAACAAUUCCGCCAACUCAACCACUGUGUGCACAUCGGUUUUUGCACCAAUUACCACGGCCACGCCGCGUAAUCAUUCCCUAACCAUGGCGAAUCCACUGACCAAUGGUAUUCAAGCCAUGCAAUUCUCUCGGCCAAUGGCGACCGAGUUUACUCAACCAAUAAUGAAGAUAAUGGGACCUGCCACAUUCCUGCCCCUAAGACCGUCGGGCAUAACAUCCCUUGAUACAAUAACGCAUGGAUGAACUAAAGGGCAACGAAAUUUGUAAUGCAGGAAACGCCUUUGAGGAAGUUGAAAAACAACUCUGUUUUCACGGAGUUGGGCGCCCCGACAAGCAUUUUGGGCAAAAUGCGCAUCCCUCAUUUACGUAUGUAUUCAGUUAUUUUUAUCCUUCAAUCGUACCAGCAAGAUGUUACACCACGUCAUAUUAUGGAUACAAAGUUCAUUGUUCAUCAUUUAUGACGGAAAGAGAAUUGCAUUAUGAAGGAAUGCUCUUAGCCGUUAUUAUACACAAUAUAUGGUAUGUGCCAUUAUUUAACCACGGAUUAAAAGAUAUUUAUUCGCAUUCCAGUCACCUUCGUAUGGCAGUAAGUAAUGUAUAGUUUAGUAAAAAUUCUAACCACAGUUUUAAUUAGAUAUUUACAUGAAUUAGGACUAAUCGAACAGAACUCUUCACGGAAGCAAUUUUUCGCUUUGGCAGUUGAGAACUUUAAAGAACCUGCCAACAUUACCCGUUAUGUUUACCUGCACGUUAAAAGGACCCAAAGAUAUAAUUUGAUUUUCUUUGUCAUAUUUUCGUGCGUUUAGUGUUGAAACAAAUCGCAUAGAAAAUCACCACUAAAUAGCACCACAAUUACUAACUACUUAUUAACUGAGGGUGAGGUCUUUACAGGAAAAUCUCAAACUGAGAUCUUACCAUAUUGACCUCGCUAUCGCUCGGUCAAUACGGUGAGGCCGUUGCUGGCUUUGAGAUUUCCCCGUAAAGACAGAACGUUCGAGUUUAAUGAGCUGUUUAUUAUAUGGCCUUUUGGUUUGUUUUGUUGCUGUUUUAUUUUUUUUUUUCAGGCCCGUCAUCGGCCCGUGGGCUUUACGGGAGAGUAAUGCCCUAAAAUUAGCCAAUCAGCGCGCACGUUGUAUCGGCUACAAAUACAAGCCAUAUAAUAAGAGAUGCUAUGUAAUUUUCUAAAUUAACAGAUUUUAACUUUUAACCGAGCAUGUUGCCACUGCGUUUAACGCUUCAAGCAUGUGAUAAUUAUAGCAACGUUACAAGUGCAAGUUGCCGUAUCUACGAUAGUCACCAUAAUGGUUUUCACGUUACAACCGUUUAAUUCUGCAAAGAACAAUCGUGGAAAAUAUUUCACCAUGAAUAUCGUGAAAUACCUACCUCUUAUUUGAUUUUGACAACUGUGCUCUUAUAGCCAAAUAUUCCUGAAAAUUGUCUUCUUGCAAAUGUUAUCCCUUCCCACAUACUCGCCUGAAACCAUCUUGGUGGCUAUCCUAUAAUAUCCUAUAUAAAGGUUGCUCUGACUUUUAGGCCUUUUCCCGUCAAUUUAUUUAUUUAUAUGUUUGUUUAAUUAAUUAAUUGAUUAACACUGGUCAAUUAUAAAUAUUUAAUGGAGUGAAAUUCGAUAGGCAGCAUGGCUUAUUGCAGCUAAAUUGACUAACCAGCUUUUCCUUACCGAAAUAAGCCGACUUUGAAAGAUAUCGUCAACCGCACCUGGUUGUUCUAAAGUAUUCAACACGAAAAGGCCGCAAAGCAUUAAGGGAGGGUGUUAUGCAAUGAUAUCGAGCAAGGCCAAUUACCCCAUAAUGGAUCUUUCCGUAUUCAAGCAUACUAAUUGAAUCGAUAAUCAGGAACCAGCACAUGAUUUGCUUCACUCUAGCAAAUAAAUUAAGCACAACUUAAACAAAGAAAGCAUAAUAACUGAAUAACUAAAUUGUAGUUUUAAUUGAUCUCUGUUCAAAUAGCAUUUUAAACACUCAUUUUAAAUACUUAACAUUGCUUAUAAAUGGUUAGUAGAGCAAGCACAAGUAUGCUUUCUGUGUACAAAACACAAGUUCUUUACUAAACAAACCUUCAUUAAAAGUUCUCUUUUGAUUGGCUCAAGAAAGCACGUUACGGCAUGGGUUAGGUCGGAAGCCAAUUACAGGAAAGCUUUUAUGCGCGUAGAAAUUAGAACCCUAGAAUCUAGAAUCGUAGCUUUAGAGACUCGCUUUUGUCUGUUUCUGCUUGCUUCCUAAAUCCAAACUCAACUUUCAUGCAUGUACAGCUAAGUCAGACUGAGUGGCAAGGAAGUGUAAAUUGACAUUGACUAUAGACAUUUCUUCUUCAGCUACUUUUUUCUGGAUUCAAACGACGAUAUAAAAGAAAAGCAAUCAUAAAUUGAAUGAUAAAAAGUAAAUUUUCGAAAUAACCUUUAGAUUUUAGAAACAGUUCUUUUGGGCCAGUUAUAAAAGCAAGCACCGAAGGAAUCACGGUGUUCGAGCUUUUUCUAACAGCCAAAACCGUAGUAGGUGGAACUCAAAACGUUCCCGUUUCAGUGCUGUUUAUUCUAUUUAGAGUGCUUGUUCUUUUAGUUUAAUUUCCAUUUUGUCGGUUUUUAUUUAUCAGAAGUUAAAUUGGUUUGAUUUAUAAAUAAAUUUUGGGCCUAUUGGCUGAGCAAUUUACACUUCAGUGCUACUCCCUCACUGAUAUCUCAGUUGUAUAAAACGUACGUAGCUCUUUGUUAUUAUUUAAUUAACGUACAGCCCAAACACUGCGUCAUGCUAGGCAUGCCGCGUAAUAUGGCGGCUAGCCCGCUAGGGAACUGGACCAAGAAUGUACAAAGUUUACCAAGAGAGAAUAUAUUUUUCCAUAACGCAUUAUAUAUCAGGUUUUAAUUCAUGUUCGUAUAGAACAUUGUUCUAAAUAAUAUCAUUACGUUCUUUGUUUGUUAUAUAUAACAAGUUUCAAUUUUUAAACUUCUUUCAAAGGUAUUUUUUAUUUGUCAGAACAAAAUUCUGUAACUGGUUCGUUGAUCGAUGCAAGUCAAUCAACGCUGGUGUCGAAAUGGCUUUCAAAACUCCUUUUUGGGCCCAUUGAAUUAUCGUAUGAUACAAGAUUCUUGUAGGAACUCAGUUUUGUAUAAUGGCGAUUUUUGCUUGCCACGAAAUUCGACGAGUUUUCUGAGGAAAAUCUCAAUCACAAUUGAAUUUCCCCUACAUAUAAACAUAAACAACAAUAACAACAACAACAAACUAUCCACAGAGCGAAGGCUGGGGCUAAAAAAGGCAGGAGUCUGGGAGAAAGGCUUAAUCUUUUGAAAGAAGUUUAAGUAUCUGCUAUUUAUGACGAUUGUUGAAAAGAAUAUUGUUUAUUAGAGAAACGAAAGAAAAAUUUUAGAUUUUAAAUUUUAAAAUAGUGCAAUCGUCGUGAUUGUGUAUUGUUCGAAGACGACAUGUGUAAAGACCAUCGAAGAAGCUUAAUGAAAAUCAUUAAAACCAAUCCUAGUGUAAUGAUAUCUUUUUCCAUUGGCCUUAAAGACCCAUUUUCACUCGAUGCAUCAUAACAUUGUUUACCAGAGUAACUUGGUGAUAUAUGAGAAAUUUACCAUCUCACACCACCACCGCUGUAAGCUCAGUUGGUGGAGCGCCAGACUGCUGUGCGGGAAGUCGAGAGUUUGAACCUCCGACUGGACCAACACUCAGGGUCUUAAAAUGACUGGAGAAUGUGGUACCUUUGUAAUUUUAUCCGAAAAUGGUUUGACGUUCAAGUCUUUUGGGAUAAGAAUUAUGAACCGUAGACCCCGUCUGCUUCAUCCAAAAGAACCCACACACUUGUCGCAAAGAGUAGGGCACGGAGUUCCCGGUGUUGUGUCUGGCCUUGUCUCCCGGGUUGGGACUUCACAAAGGGUUAAGCUCAUUGCGCCUUUCCCCCUUACGAAAAAUUGCUUUCACUAACUCACUGGCUUGAAAAUUGGCUUGAACAUUCAAGACCAUCUGGCUAUAUAUUGCAUGACGUGUUAUCUCACCAGUGUCAACACGUAUGUAUUUACGUAUUUCUAUGGUAGUAACAUUUUGGAACAUGUCAAACAAUGAAGCUUUGGCAGUAAGGGGUAGCACACCCUUAAGGGAAAUCCGUAGUAGCUGCCGAUGUAAGUGAUAUAAGCGAACGGUUAUAGACGCUUUAAAGCAUCGCUGAGCCAGCCACAAUUGACUGACCCAAUUCAAAUAGGCCAAGUAACCAUUUACUCUGGAGCAGAAAGAAGAAGAAAAAAAGAAUGUCACAUUUGGGAGAGGCAUCCGUUUAUUCACCAUUUCCACAUCCCCCAUAAUACACCCUGUUAACCCCCAAAAUUCUGCUCAACCUUUGUUUCCCAUUUCUCCUGGGUAUUACAGUCGUCCCAAGAGAAACUGAACACAAUGCUUAUACAAAAUUUUUGGGGGCAAACAAGGUGUAUUGUGGGGGGUGUGGAAAUGGCGAAUGGGAAUUAAGAGGAGUUUCGACUUUAUUAUGGUCCGUAGAAUCAAAGACGAAC